GAGCUGGCCGACACGCAUGUUGCAAUUUUAGAAAUAUUUAUAAAAUCUCAAAUAAGUUCAUGUUCUGAUGAAAUAUGGGGAAGCUAAACGUAACUAUGCUGAGAUACUUAACCAAGGAGGACUUCAGAGUCUUAACAGCAAUUGAGAUGGGGAUGAAGAACCAUGAGCUGGUGCCUGGUCCUCUGAUUGCUUCUAUAGCUAGUUUGAGGUCAGGGGGCUGCCACAAGGUGAUCAGUGAACUCAUCAAACACAGACUUGUCGCUUAUGAGAAAUCAGGGAAAAAAGCGGAUGGCUAUCGACUGACAAAUGCUGGUUAUGACUAUCUGGCUCUGAAAACACUGACUGCCCGAGAUAUUGUAGGCUCUGUUGGCAACCAGAUUGGAGUUGGCAAGGAGUCCGAUAUAUACAUUGUUGCUAAUGAUGAGGAAGAACAGUUUGCCCUAAAGCUACACAGAUUGGGGAGAACAUCAUUUAGAACACUAAAGAACAACAGGGACUAUCACAAACACAGACAGAAGGCCUCCUGGUUGUAUCUCUCACGUCUGUCUGCAAUGAAGGAGUAUGCCUAUAUGAAGGCAUUGUAUGACAGAGGUUUCCCAGUUCCCAAGCCUGUAGAUUUCAAUAGACAUUGUAUCAUCAUGGAGCUGCUAAGCGGUCACCCCUUAUGUCAAAUUCAUGAACUGAAAGACCCAGGCUCUGUUUUCAAUGAUUUGAUGGAACUUCUCGUGAGACUAGCAAACUGUGGUCUCAUACAUGGGGACUUCAAUGAGUUCAACAUCAUGUUAGAUGAGAAAGAUCGGGUGACAAUGUACGACUUCCCACAGAUGGUGUCAACCUCACAUAAGGAUGCAGAGUGGUAUUUUGACCGAGAUGUUCAAUGUAUUCGUACAUUCUUCACCCGGAGGUUUGACUUCGAGAGCGAAAGCUUCCCCAAGUUCUCUGAUAUUGUACGUCAAGAUACAUUAGACGUUGAAAUUGCUGCAAGUGGAUUUACUAAGGAAAUGGAAAAAUCUUUCAAUGAGGUGGCAGAUGAAAUUGGACUACUGAAUGGCCCUGAGGAUUCUGACGGUGCAGAAGACAGUGAUAAUGAAGAAAAUGAAGUACUCAAUGCUCCUGAAAGCCUGUCUGACACUGAGGCAAAUAUAGCCCAAUUAACCCUGACAUCCCCCACAGGUUGUCCCUCACAAGAGGCAAAUACAACGCCAUUAACCUUAGCACAUGAUACUGCAAUAGAGAAAAUUGAUAAUGACAGUGCAAGGGAUACUGGAAAUGAAAAAAACAUAAUAGAUGCAUCUAAAGAUGUUAAUGUGACCAAUGAUAAAGAGCUUGAAGCUGCAGGGACAUCAAAGCCUUUAGAAGAUGAAAUUGAAGACUCUGGUGAUGAGCUUCCUGAACUAGAGAAUAUACAUGAAUUGAACACUGAAUACAAACCAUUUAGAAAUGAAGAUACUUUACAACAUGAAAACUGGCAUUUCAUUGAGGCGGCUAAAGCCAGUAGGACACGAGCAUCAGAUAGCCUGAGUACAUCUGCCAGUACAAUAAUGGCCCCAGAUCUGGUGAAACGUAAAGUGAAAGGACAGAUUAAACAACAGCAGAAAAAGAAGUUUGAGAGAAGAAUACGAAAGGCUGGAGAAUCUGCUGUUGUAACAAAACAUCGGAGAGAUAAUGAACAUAACAUUAAGCAAAGCUUAGAUGCUGUCUGGUUUUAGACCAAUGAAAUCUAUAUUUAAUUAUCAAUUAUAUCUGAAUUCUGUUUUUAUGUCGCCACCACAAGUAGUGACAUAUUGGCAUUGUUAAUUGUUAUAAUCGCCCACUUUUUUGUGGAUGAGGUUCAGCAUCUUGCAGUCGGUGUUCGGAGUUUGGUCUCUGUA